AUGACGACAAUCGCCGAACCACCGACUCUUUUAGCCGGACCAGGCUUCUCGAUAAACCACUUGGCGUUCAGCCUGGAUUUGUCUUGCCCUCUAAACCUUCCUUCGAAACCUCUUGCAGCUGGAUCGGAUUGGCCGUACCAGAUAGCUGGGCGGAGUAGCUCUUUUGAAGAGACCUCCGAGAAAUUUGUCAACAGAAGAUACUAUGAGACCUUAUACUUAUCGGAGACAUUAUCACCUUUGUCUGGAUUUACAGCCGAUCUCUUCCGACUACCUAACCUCUCCACUUCAGGAGAACUGGUCAGACCCUUACUACGAUCUUUACCUCAAAUCGAAUAUAGACAUCGUAAAAUCAUCUUACCAUUCUUAUCAUCCUCGAAAGGCACAGAGGACUUGAGCGAAGUAGAAAAGAAUGUGGCCAAAUUUGCUUUAGAGCUCAGACUAGGAAGUAGACAGGCUCUAGAUGAAGGAAUAAUCCCUACACCAAAGAAGAUAAGCGAUGAGCUGGAGAAGAGAGAAACGUUGAUGCAAAUCAUUUUGCUUCUCACCUACAUCACGCAUACACCUGACCCUCAUGCUGUGCAGAGUAAGAAACGAAAACGUAGUAAACAUUCCUCACCAGCCGACCCAGAUAACGAUUCACCCACAUCCGUCAACCCAUCUGAAGAUCCCAAGACGGCCUUGGAGUUAUUGAUGGACCGUUUGAGCGUUUGGCAAGCAGUCUCAGAAUUAGGCCUGAACCUACCUACCUCAGAUGAGAUAAACAAAGUCAAUGGGAAAGCAAAAAGUAAAAUGGACGAGAAUGGUAUAGCAAAUAUGUUGGGUAGAUUCUGGAAAUCUGUUAUGUUACCAUAUUUCUUACCUAAACAACCUGAUCUAUGCUCAUUAUUCCACCAAAAAGUAUUCGGUCAUCCUCUACCACCCAAACUCCUUCCCGACCCCACCACCACCACGAAAAAACCUCGUAAACCUAAAUUGACCAGACCAUUGCCGAAUAGCAAGGAUUCACUCAUCCCUCCUCCCCCUUCGAUGAGAUACGAAAGACCAAGGUCAGUAUCAAACGAAGGAAGAUCGUUAUCUAGAGUCUCAUCUCGAGCGGGAUCGAGAGCCCCUUCGGAGAAUGGUUCAUUCAGAGAUUCACCUCCUAGAGAAAGUAAUUUGGGAAUGAAAAGGAAUUCAUCACGUACGAGCACAGGUAACGAGAGUUUACAAACUCUGGGAAUGGGCAUGGGAAUGAGAAGAUCAAGGUCUAGAUCACAAUCUAUUGAUCCCCAUCCUAUAGUUGGUCGAUCAGACAGUCUAUCAAGAUCGCUUUCCACCGGUAUCGCAGCGGCUAGUAGUAUGAAUAACAAGAAGACGGGGCUGGUGAGGAACCAAAGUACGAACAGGGAUUUGUUCAAAGGUAGAGAAGUGGGAUUGAUAAGGAGGAGUAUGUCCAGUAGGAAACUGGAUAGAGAGGAAAGUCAAAGUCAAAGGUUUGGAUUGUUGGGAAGGAAAACGAGCAGUGGUAUUCAAUCACAAGCGCAGAGAAGAAACUCGACGGAUGAAUCGCAAACUCAACCAAAUACUUUGAUCCUAGCUACACCGUCCAAACCUCGCCCAUUCUUUAAACCCUCGCGAUCGCAAUCGCAAUCUCAAUAUUGGAUCCCACCUACACCUAUUCAAGAAGAACAACCGACCCCUCGACCAAGUUAUAUAGCCGAAACCCCCCUUGCACCUUCUCGAAUCCAUAGAGAUACGUUACCCCUUGGUGGGAUGCCUGAUGAGAAGGACGAAGAUAGUGAUGAUCCCCUGGGAGAGUUGUGGGAAUUGACUGACGAGGAAGAAGAGGAUGAUUUUGGGCAGAGGAAAGGUAGAGGGAUGGAGAUAGUCCCUGAAACUCCUAUGAAGUGA